AUGGAUAGUACUAAGCUAAGAAACUCUGGGUAUUAAAUAUCUGACCGAGUACAAUUCGGAGGUGUGUUUGAACCAGAGAAAUGCAAAUAAAUAGCAAAGUAAGUGAUGGAUUUAUACGAUUCCAAUAAAGACGGCUUUAUUGAAUAAAAUGAAAUCGCUAUGAUGUUAUCAGAUGCCUACCGAGCAAUGAACAAAGGGUUCAAUCCGACCUCUUAAGAUGUUUCUAAUUGCCAAUCCAUUUUAGACAGUAUUUGACUAUAUUGAAAUUGAUGAUUAGGAAAAUCCACAGGAAGAGUCCACAGUGAAGACAUAGAACAAUUAGUAUAAAAGUAUUUCUCUGGAUAACCCCCUGCUCAACCAGUCAAAAGAGUUCCAGAGAAGUUGUCCAGAAUUGCUUAGGAAAGAUUGGAAGUGGCCAGGAGAAUCUUUAAGGUGGUUGACAAAGAUGGUUCAGGUUUCUUAACUGAAGAAGAGGUAACCAAUCUUUUACAUUCUUAGGUCCCUGAAUUAUUAAAGGAAACCUAUAAACACAUGGGGAUGAACGACUAUCAACCGACCAAAGAGGAUGUGGUUAUCUGGAUCCAAAUGACUGACUCGGAUGGAGAUGGUAAGGUGACUCUUGAAGAUUAUGAACAACUUGUUUUGGAUUCCUUGAGAAAACAAGGCAUCAGUUUAGAAUGA